AUGCCCUAUUCUAAUGAUAACCCUGAGCAUAUCAAGGAAUGUGUGUGGGAAUAUCAAACCGAAAAGACCUGGGACUCCGGGGACCUGAAUAAUGAGGCACCAACCCUCAAAGCGGAAGACUCUGACGCCCAGGUGAGUGUGAAAGCUUGGUACAUAGCCAAGGCGUUAGCCAAGGCAGCAGCAUAG